GCCAAUGGCAGCGCGGGCGCCCAACCGCGAAGCCCCGCUCCCCCGGAGGACCCCCCGGGGGCCGGCCUGCCGUCGGGUUUUCCGCCGCAGUCCCCGCCCGCGACUGGGGACGUGGCCAGCGACAGCUACAACAACGUCUUGCGCGACACCGAGGGGCUGCGCGAGCUCGGGGUCACCCACUACCGCUUCUCCAUCUCGUGGGCGCGGGUGCUCCCCAAUGGCAGCGCGGGCGCCCCCAACCGCGAAGGGCUGCGCUACUACGGACACCUGCUGCAGCGGCUGCGCGAGCUGGGUGUGGAGCCCGUGGUCACCCUGUACCACUGGGACCUGCCCCAGCGCCUGCAGGACGCCUACGGCGGCUGGGCCAACCGCGCCUUGGCCGACCAUUUCAGGGACUACGCCGAGCUCUGCUUCCGCCACUUCGGCGGCCAGGUCAAGUACUGGAUCACCAUCGACAACCCCUACGUGGUGGCCUGGCACGGCUACGCCACCGGGCGCCUGGCCCCCGGCGUCCGGGGCAGCGCGCGGCUCGGGUACCUGGUGGCGCACAAUCUCCUCCUGGCUCAUGCCAAAACCUGGCAUCUCUACAAUACUUCUUUCCGUCCAACUCAGGGGGGCCAGGUGUCCAUCUCCCUAAGUUCCCACUGGGUCAGUCCUCGAAGAAUGACGAACCACAGCAUCAGAGAAUGUCAGAAAUCUCUUGACUUUGUACUAGGCUGGUUUGCCAAACCCAUAUUCAUUGAUGGUGACUACCCAGAGAGCAUGAAGAAUAAUCUUUCAUCUCUUUUACCAACUUUUACUGAAUCUGAGAAAAAGUUCAUCAAGGGAACAGCUGACUUUUUUGCUCUUUCUUUUGGCCCAAUCUUGAGUUUUCAACUACUGGACCCUCGCAUGAAGUUCCGCCAAUUAGAAUCUUCUAGCCUGAGGCAACUGCUUUCCUGGAUUGACCUGGAAUAUAACCACCCUCAAAUAUUUAUUGUGGAAAAUGGCUGGUUUGUCUCAGAGACCACUAAGACAGAUGACGCCAAAUAUAUGUAUUACCUCAAAAGAUUCAUAAUGGAAACCUUAAAAGCCAUCAGGCUGGAUGGGGUGGACGUCAUCGGGUACACGGUGUGGUCUCUCAUGGACGGCUUUGAGUGGCACCGAGGCUAUAGCAUCAGGCGCGGACUCUUCUACGUGGACUUUCUAAGCCAGGAUAAGAAGUUGUUGCCGAAGUCUUCAGCCUUGUUCUACCAACAGCUGAUAGAGAAAAAUGGCUUCCCUCCUUUACCUGAAAAUCAACCCCUAGAAGGGACAUUUCCCUGUGCCUUUGCUUGGGGAAUUGUUGACAACUACAUUCAAGUCGACACCACUCUGUCUCAGUUUACCGACCCGAGCGUCUACCUGUGGGACGUCCACCGCAGCAAGGGGCUCAUUAAGGUGCAGGGCCUCGUGACCCAGAAGAGGAAAUCCUACUGCGCCGACUUCGCUGCCAUCAGGCCUCUGGUCUCCCUGCUCCAGGAAACGCACGCGACGCAUUUCCACUUCGCCCUGGACUGGGCCCUGAUCCUCCCGCUGGGCAACCGGUCCCAGGUGAACCACACGGCCCUGCACUACUACUGCUGCGUGGCCAGCGAACUGGUGCGGGCCAACAUCACCCCGGUGGUGGCCUUGUGGCGACCCGCGGCCCUGCGCCCAGGGCUGCCCGCGCCCCUGGCUGCGCACGGCGCCUGGGAGAACCCCCACAUCGCCCCGGCUUUCGCAGAGUACGCCGGGCUGUGCUUUAAAGCGCUCGGGCCCCACGUCAAGCUCUGGGUGACGGCGAGCGAGCCUUACACUCGGAACCUCACCUACAGGGCCGGCCACAACCUCCUGAAGGCGCACGCGCUGGCCUGGCACCUGUACGACCAGCAGUUCCGGCGCUCGCAGAGAGGGCGAAUCUCCAUCGCCUUGCAGGCCGACUGGGUGGAACCCGCCUGCCCUCUCUCCCCGAGGGACAAAGAGGUGGCCGAGAGAGUUUUGGAAUUUGACAUCGGCUGGCUGGCCGAACCCAUUUUCGGCUCUGGGGAUUAUCCACGUGUGAUGAGGGACUGGCUGACACAAAGAAACGAUUACCUGCUACCUUAUUUCACUGAGGAUGAGAAAAGGCUAAUCCGCGGUUCCUUUGACUUUCUGGCUUUAAGCCAUUACACCACCAUCCUUGUAGGCUGGGAGAAAGAAGAUCCAGGAAAAUACAAUGAUUACCUGGAAGUGCAAGAAAUGACCGACAGCACCUGGCUUAGCUCCCCGGGUCAGGUGGCAGUAGUGCCCUGGGGCUUGCGCAAAGUCCUGAACUGGCUGAAGCUCAAGUACGGAGACCUCCCCACGUACAUCAUCUCCAAUGGCAUCGAUGACGACCUGCACGCAGCCCAAGACGCCUUGCGGGUGUAUUAUAUGCACAAUUAUGUAAAUGAAGCUCUGAAAGCCUAUGUAUUGGAUGGGAUCAAACUUUGUGGUUACUUUGCCUAUUCGUUUAAUGAUCGCACAGCUCCGAAAUUUGGCCUCUAUCGUUACGCCGCCAAUCAGUUUGAGCCCAAACCAUCCAUGAAACAUUACAGGAAAAUUAUUGACGACAACGGCUUCCCGGGUCCCGAGACCCUGGGAGGGUUUUGUCCAGAAGAAUUCACCCUGUGUGCCGACUGCAGUUUUCUUCAUACACGAAAGUCUUUGCUGGCCUUCAUAGCUUUUCUCUGUUUAGCUUUUAUUAUUUCUCUUUCUCUUAUUUUUUACUACUCUAAGAAAGGCAGGAGAAGUUACAAACGGUCCUGAACAUUUUCCCGUUCACUUAUUUUGAAAUAAUUAUGCACACAUGAGCUGUUGACCAUUGCAUUUCUCAGUGUUGUGACACCAUGGAUUUCAUAUAUCCGAUUGCUAGAAAAUCUCUUUGUGGCAUAUGACAGGGAUUUUGAAACGAGCAUGAGUGAUUGUAAAAUCUUGAAUGAUGUCCAUAGUGCCUGAAUUUGUUCCUUUAGCGGGGGUAGGGCGGGAUCAAAAAACCCGACAAGGGCUGUCAUUACUGCAACACUUUCUGUAACAAAAGCAUGACACAUUGAAACAGCUCUGUAACAUUUUCACAGAAACUGAGUGACAAGAUUAGGAUACUUUUUUAUGUGCCCAUUCUUAAAUGUAACGUUUACUUAAAGUAAUAGCCGCAAAU